AGUUUUGGCAUAUUUAAUGCCACUCACCUAGUUGUACUUGUGAGGGUUGAACUUUGGAUCUUUGGUAGUGUGCGAUCUGGGUGGCCAGUGCUGCCCUGUUGGAGGUAUAGGGGUCCAGUGGGCAGUGCCACUAGGCGGCUUUCUUUUGUCGUUUGUGUAUGUUUUGUUGUUUGGGGGAUAGCCUCCCAUUUUUUAUUUCACACUUUAACAGAUUCAUUUUUUGCUUUUCAUUUUAUUCUUUUUUGGCUGGGCUAAACCUGUCUUCUGGGUGAUGUAGGCCAUCAUGUCUUGUAUAUUCUUUUCUCUGAGCUAUGUUUCCCAUGGUAUUCCUAUUAGAAAUUUUCUUGUCACAUCAUAAUUUCCCCUUUGGAAUGCCAGCAUUUUGCUUUUUGGUCCUCGAUAAGUGUAACAGGCUUCCUGUCCCUGACAAUGGGAAUCCAAUUUACUUCAAUAUAUUAUACAAUGAACUGUAUGUACUCUUAAGAUUUUAUGAUGUAAACCAGUUAGGUAUAUAACUACAACUAUGGUUGAUUGAUGCUUUUACUUUUAAUGUUAUUUAAAUGAAUUUAUAAUGAACCAUCCCAUUAGUGACCUUGAUAAGGACAGGAAGCCAGUGGCUUGUCAAAGACCUCCCACCCCAUUUGUAUUGAUGAUUUUAGAUAAGAUAAUCGAUAAUGUUUAUCCAGGUAAAAGUACAUAUAUUCAAAAUGAGUUACACACAUAAUGUUGGAUUUAUAGCUAGUACAUACUAUGCCUAAAGCCAUUAAAUACGAACAGUUUAUCCAGCUGGAUCUUGAAUUGAAGCAAUGAUUUAGCAUUUACAACUUUGGCAGGUAGGCAGUUCCAUGGAUCUAUAAUCCUCUGGGUGAAAAGCAUCUCCUGUUUCCUGUUCUUCAUUGUGACUUGUUAAGGUUGAAGCUGUUGCUCCUUGUAUGAGUUAUAUCUGGCCUUUAAAAAAGUGGAGUUGCAACACAUGUUAACCAUGUCAGGGAAAAUUCUACCACUACCAGAGUCAGUGCGGUCUCAGUUGCGGUCAGGGAUUACCAUUAUCUCUGUUGCACAGUGUGUGGAGGAAUUGGUUUUAAACAGCCUUGAUGCCAAUGCAACUUGCAUAGCUGUCAGAGUGGAUUUUGGCAUAUUUAGAAUUCAGAUUGUUGACAAUGGUUAUGGAAUACGUCAUAGAGAUCUUAAAUAUUUGGGAACAAGGCAUGCAACUAGCAAGUGUCAUACUCUUGAUGAUCUCAAUAGUAAUUUGUCACAUUAUGGGUUCCGUGGAGAAGCACUGGCCAGCAUUGUUGAUAUGGCAGCUAUUGUUGACAUCACAACUAAACCUCGCGGUUCUACUCAAACCUUCUCUAAGCUAUUCACUUAUGGACAAGAAAAGUCUGUUAGUGUUAUUAAGAAUCCAAGACCAAGUGCUGGUACCACUCUAACAGUUCAAGAUUUUAUGUAUAACAUGCCAGUUAGAAGGAAAUUAAUAAAAGAAGCAAUUGAUAUUGAGAGCAUAAGGAAACGUUUGGAAAGUUUUGCCCUAAUGCAUCCUGAAGUAUCAUUUAGUUUUAGAAAUGAUAAGAAUGGCACAGUGAUAAUGCAGACCUCAAAGUGCACUAGUAUAAUGUCCACAUUUAUGCAGCUGUUUGGUGCAGACAAAGCCCAGGCCCUGGCAGAAGUAGAACAUACACUUGAUCAAUUUUCAAUUUCAGGUUACAUUAGCACACAACCACACUUGACAAAGGCUCUUCAGUUUGUUUAUGUAAAUAAAAGGGUUAUUUUAAAAACUAAGAUACAUAAAAUACUUAAUUGGCUCCUGGCUAGAAGCUCAAUCAUUAGCAGUAGACUCCAUCCAAGUAGUUCAGGACCAGGAAAAACUCCUUCAAGUCCUGCAAAAGGAAUGAAUCUCUACGGAAUAUAUUUAAUUAAUAUUGAAUGCCCUUAUAGUGACUAUGACAUAUGUCUUGAGCCGACCAAAACUCUAGUGGAAUUUAAAGACUGGGAUAAGUUGUUACUUUGUAUUGAGGAAAUGAUCAUAAAAUUCAUACAAGAAGAGAACUUGGUUAUCUCCAUUGAUGAAAGGUAUCGUAGAUCUGGUAAAGACCAAGAAAUGGAAGACGAAGGAAGUUUGACCAUGACCCAAAAUAGCCCGUCGCUUCUAGAUAUGUUCAGCCUGAAGAGGGCUGGAGAAGAAAGCAGUGUACAAGGAGUGUCUCAAGAGAAGUAUGGACUCACGCUGUGCACCCAGGACAACUUGCUAGCUGUUCACAGUCUUCCAGUCAAAAGAGCUAAGAAGAGUCACAACAAAUUUGACAGGUUUAGUAGCAUUAAUACCAAUGAAGACAAUACUGAGGACAUUGCCAUUCAUAAAAAUGCAGUUCAUGAAAGCUCAUUUUCUAGUAAAGAGAGUGGAAAAAAUAACACUUCCCAGGAUGAGCACUUGGAAUGUGAUUCCUCACCACCCAUAAUUUCCAUGUUUGAUUCAAAGCUGCAAGGAAUAGACAAUAUUUACAAGAGUAAUAGCAAUACCAAAGAUAUUUCAGAAACGGAAAAUACCAACACUGGUAUGUCUAGCUCUUUAGAGCAAUUUAAAAGAUUUAUAGAUGAUUCUCUUGAAAGUGAUAAAUUAUUAAAAGAGAAAGGUACUUCAAACCUUAAUCAUGUUGUUGUAAAAACUGGAGUGCCAUUGUUAAAGAAAAACUGUGAUAUUUCUGAGAAUGGGGAAUAUGAAAAUAAACUCCCUAAAAAUGUGAGUGAAAAUAUGAGUUCCUUAGAAGAAUUCAUGAAUUUUUACAAUGCUGACAGAAGAAAAACAGAAUUGGAGUCGUUCAAGACUCCUGAACAGGCAGUGAGACACACCCCUUCAACACCACCUCUACUAAACAUAACAAGAAGUUCUUUGCAGACUUCUGAGAAACUAGGAGACGACUUGGAUUUUGAUACUAAUCUAAGAUCAAACAUUAAAAAGACUAAUGAGAACAAAUCCCUUACUAAAUCUCUAAGCAGUAGACUGAAAAAACACCAAAACAAAACAAAAACAUUGCAAACACUCCAAAAUUUUGGCUACAAUAAAACAAAUGUAAUGUCAGGUUAUUCAAACUGUAUGUCUGGCAAUGCAAGAAAAUUCAAUGAACAAAAAGAUAAAUGUUGUGAUAAGACCCAGCCAAAUAUCUUACCAUCUUGGGAAGAAGUGGAGGCUAGUGUACAAGGCCCAGAACACAAACAAAGCAAAAUAUUUAAUGAUGAUAAGAAUGACUUUAACAGUAGCUUCAGGUUUCAACCAGUCAUUUCUAAGAAAAUAGAACCAAAGAAUGAUAUGAGAGAAUUUUUAUCAGAUGGAGAAAGGUUUGUGGAAAAUCUGGAAAUAAAUGAUGAUGAUUCCCUUUGUUAUAAGAAACCCACAAGACAGGAGUCAAUAAGUGUUGAGAGGGAACCUCUUGUUCCAAGGGAACAUUCUGAUAAAUUUUGUUCUUCAAAAGAGGUUCACCGUCAGCUCGAUCUUGAAACGCAUGAAGUCCUUGAUACAACAGAGAAUUUUAAUACAUGCUCUUAUAUUACUACUAUAUUGGAACAACCAAACAAAUAUAUACAUCAGCAUAGUAAAGUUUCAACAUCCUUUGAAAAGGAGACAUCACAUUAUCAGAGUAAAUGUGAAAGAACUAUUGAAGGAGUUGACCCAGUUGAACCCAUUAACAAAGUAAUUCAUCCUCUAGAUUCUUCAAGAAGCAAUCACAAUUCUGUUAAAAGUACAACAGUAUUGGAGGAAAAACUGAUGACAUCAUGUCCAUUAGAAGUUGUUACAGAACAUGAUCCACCAUUGUUACAUGUACCAUAUGUUGUGCAUGCCAGAAAAGAGAAUACAGAAAAGAGUGACCAGAGUAGUGUGUCACAUAGCUUAGACUUUGACUCUAGCAAUGGCGUGUGUUCUGCCUCCUCCUCAACACAGCCUUUUCAGUUAGAAAAUAUCUCUUACAGUAAUAAUCCAUGCAACAGAUUGCAUUCUGAAGAUAAUCAGGGCACAGAUUGUGCCAUUAUACAUGAAUCUCAGGGUUUUACACUCUCAGACUCGUGUACAAGUUUACAAAACAAGAUAUACAGUGGCUUGAACUGUGAAAACAAAGAGGAAGAUAACAGUGCUGCUGUACGAUUCUCUGAAGGUUUUACACCCCCAGAUGAUUUAAAUGAAAAUGUAAACUAUGAUAUUACUAUAACAACAGCUCAUAAAACUCAUGUUAAAUCUAUAGACUCCAACCCUUCAACAAUUCAUGAAGACGUUGAUGAUACUCGAGGUAUUACAAACACUACAUCUGAACGCAACAAUGGAAAUGACAUUCAUGAAGAAUACGAACAAUCAUACAUUUUGCCCCAAAAUUAUGAAAAAGAGGAUUUAAAGGAUAUAAAUUCCUCUACUGUAAAGAUUAUAAAUGUUGCCAUAAGGUCACAUUCCCAAACCCUUGCAUCACAUACUGUCAAAGACAGAAAGUUUUUCAGUGAAAAUACCAUUCAAAAUGAAAGUUUGCAAUGUGAUGAAAGCAAAUUUGAAGUAAAAAAGCAGCAUGUUCUGCCAUUACUAAGUUCAUUUGAUAUCCAAAACAAUACCAUAGAUAUCACAGACAGUAGCAAAAACGUAGUUGAUGAGGAAACUAACUCGCCUUCUUCCAAGUCACCAAAUCCAUUCUCUGAAAGUCUUCAUUUUUCCCAGCUCACAAUACCAGAAGAUAUGGCAGCAGCUCUACCAAAAUCUUGGGGGACAUCCAGUGUAAAUACAUGUGACUCUGAAAAAACUGAAUCUGUGGUUUUCUCCUUAGGAAGCCUGUCUUCCUGUUCAAGUUUGAUGAUACCAAAGGCUAAGCAAAAAUUGCCAUCAUGUGAAAUAACUUUUCAUGGUAAGAUGAUUAAUGUUGGAGGAAAUUAUAGUACUCAAAAAGGAAAUCUAGAAAAUGCUAGUGAGGAGUUGCAAUGCACUAGUAACACAACAUCACUAAUAGCAAAAUCAUGUGCUCUGAAAGAAAACAGUACGAGAAUGAGUUCAGACUUGGAAUCUUUUGGUGUCAAACCUAAAGAUAAUAUAAUUAUAAACAUAGAAGAGAAUAAAACCAUAACUAAUCAAGUUUAUAAUGAUGUAACCCUGUGUUCUUCAAGAGAGAAUAAUGCUGACCCACAAAAUCCACAAGAUGACAGCAUCCAAGGAGUUAAUAAUACACAAGCUAACAGCACUCAAGCAGUUAACAAUACACAAGAUGACAGUACCCAAGGAUUUAGUAAUGCACAAGAUGACAGUACCCAAGAAGUUAAUAAUGCACAAGAUGACAACAACCAAAGAGUUACAAAUGAUAAACAAGAUGACAACACCCAAGGAGUUAAUAAUGAACAAGAUGACAGCACCCAAGGAGUUAAUAAUGCUGCCUGUCCAGGUAACAGGUGGAAAGAAGUAUAUGAUAAAAGUGGAAGAAAAGUUUAUAUUCAUCUGAAGACAGGAAACACAUCAUAUGAUCCUCCACCACAAGAGCUUGUUCCAGAAUGGACAAGUAGUCAACCACUUGGAGCUCCUCUUCUCAAAAUACCAUUGACACAUGAACCUUGGUAUAAUCCCUUAGGAAAAGUUACAGCUAAUAGGCAGGCAUUUACUCUCAGCCAUGGUUUUAAUUCUCUUUUAUCAUGGAAAAAAUCGAAGGAUAUUGAAGAAAAUAAAGACUUGAGUAGAAAAAGUAAAUAUUCCACAAGAUUAAAUAUGGAAUCUUCAUUAAAUAAUACAUGUAGUACUAAUAUCAAUAUUCAAGAGAAGGAAGGUAACAACCCUGUAGCUGUUAGUGAAGAUGAUUCACUUCUAACUGCUGAAGUCUCUGAAGCAAUAGCCUUACUACUUAAAGACUCUGAAACUGAUGAAGACACCAUUAAGUGGUCAAGCAAGCCCACAGAGCUUCACCAAGACAAGCCAGAAUCUGCAGAAGUAGCAGAGAUUUGCCAGUUGUGGGAAGCUCCACAGUUUGCUAUGGAUGCUGACAUUCUCACCUCAGAGGUUCAGGCAACAACUGCAGAAAGAGGAGCAAUAACAAAAAAGGGAGCUGUGGUGAGGGUGUACAAUAUUGUCCAUCCAUACAAGUUUUCUAGGGAAAUGCUUCAAUCUUGUAAGGUAAUUGGACAAUUAGACAAGAAAUUUAUAGCUUGCAGCAUCACAUAUCCACCAUAUGACUAUCACGAGCAGAGACCUAGUGAACUGAUUGUCCUCUUUGACCAACAUGCAGUUCAUGAGAGAGUUCGUUUAGAGGCCAUUAUUAAAGAGAAUUUUGAAGUGUUAGACUCCGGGGAAUCUGUAGUUCGCAGCUCAACAAUUACCCCUCCGCUUGAGAUGUCACUUCCAGAAGAUGAAGUGAGAAUGAUGAUGGCAUUUUCUGAAAUAUUUAUCCAGCGAGGUCUUCACUUCACUCAGAUAAGUCCAUCAAAAGUGAGAUUUCAAUCAAUUCCAAGCUGUUUGGUGGCUAAAGAAGCAAAUGAGGUGCGCCACAAACGUUGUCAAACAGCUAGUGCUAUUGUGGAGAGCAUUGUCCGUGACAUGUGUCAUACGCUUCAUCAGACAGCAGGCGUAGUAGGAGUUGUGCCAAAGCCUAUUACAUAUGUACUAAAUAGUAUAGCUUGUAGAGGAGCUGUCAAGUUUGGAGAUGAAUUAACAUUAAGUCAGUGUGAGGAACUUAUUUCUUCAUUGUGGUCGUGUCAGUUACCUUUUCAAUGUGCCCAUGGUCGCCCAUCCAUUGUCCCCAUUGUCAACCUUACUCAUCUGGCAACAAUAAACAAGAAGGAAAGCAAGCCGAAUUUACGUAAGCUGAGGGAUGCACUACUAGACUGUACAGGAGACUGAUGCAUGGAUGGUAUUAUUGACCAACACAGUUCACCAGAGGUUUCUGUCAUGUAUUCCAAGAACUAUGCCUUAAACAACAUACAUAUUUUGGGUGUUCAUUACAAUACUUAAAUAUUCACCAUUUAAAAAGUGGUUUUACAAAGUUUAAGUUUUGUGCUGCUAUAGCUCAUAAUUUGAUGAGCUUGGCACAUAUGGUAUUCCCUAACAUACCUGUGUUAUGUUCCUACAUACUACGAUCGAGGUACUGGUAUUUCAUCAAUAUAUACGACCUCCAACUAAAACUUUUCUCUACAGCCAAUCCUCACUCUUAUGGGUUCACUCAUCACUUCUGAGUUUAUAACUUUAUUUGUAUGAUAAAAAGAAAGAAGAGAGUUUACAAUGUAUUUGAUAAUACAUUAGUGUUUGGAUAAGAAAUGCCUGUUAUGUAGUCAUACAGCAGUUAUAAAAUGGCCUUUAUUUCUACUCAAACAUGUUAUUCCUAUUGUUAAUCAUUGGCAUUAGAAUCUAUUUGUUAAGAUUUACCAAAUCUUUAUUCAAAACUGAUUAUAAAUUUCUAAACGUAAUGUUGUUGACAAAUGUACAGUAUUGUACUUAAAGAAAUGCUCACCGUUAUGAUCCGAGCCAGGCUGGGAAAACUAUAAAAAGUUGACGCUUUUCUUAUGUCAUGUCAAGGUUUUUGUUAUGGAGUGUUAAUCUUACCAAGUAUGUUGUGUUAUCGAUAACACACAUGAAGUGUAUUUAGUGGCUUACAGUACAGUCACAUAUGCAAGUGUAGAAUAAAAAAUUGCAAUAUCUUAAAAUGUUUGUGGAAUAUUAAAGUGCAAAAAAAAUAUAUAUAUAUAUAUAUAUAUA